AUGAAAAAGGCCUUGUUCACGACGCCGAUUUUCUAUGUAAAUGCUAAACCGCACAUCGGCCAUCUUCACUCAAUCGUCUUAGCAGAUACUGCUGCGCGUUGGAGCAAGUUUUGGGGGACGCCCUCCGCCAUGGUCACCGGCACUGACGAACAUGGGACAAAAGUUGCCAAUGCCGCGGCUGCAGCUAACCAGCAACCUAAACAGUUCGUGGAUACCCUCUCAAAAACAUUCAAAGACUUGUCCGACAAGGCAAAGAUUAAUUAUGAUCGGUUUAUCAGAACCACUGAUCCAGACCACGAGGAACAGGCCAGACAAGUCUGGACAACUUUACAAGAAAAGGGGCUGAUUUACAAAGGCAAACACCAAGGCUGGUACUGCAUUAGCGAUGAAACAUUUUACUCCGAAACAGAACUUGAAGAUCGCCCGGAAGGAAAGUUCUCCAAGGAGUCUGGGAACCCGGUCGAAUGGUACGAGGAAACCAACUACUUUUUCGCUCUAUCAAAGUUACAGCCUCAAUUGAAAGAGCUCUACGAAAGCAGUCCAACAUUUGUGUUGCCGUCGGGUCGUCACCAACAGCUAGCUACUGAGUUGGCAACUCAACCUCUAACCGACCUCUCGAUCUCUCGUCCGGCCGCUAGGUGCCCUUGGGGCAUUAAAGUUCCCGGUGAUUCAAGCCAGACAAUGUAUGUCUGGUUUGAAGCGUUGAUCAAUUAUUUGACUGCUGCAAAGUCACUUGGAAUCCCCUGGCCCGCCCACACACAUGUUAUUGGCAAAGAUAUCAUGAGGUUCCACGGUAUUUAUUGGCCAGCCUUCCUUCUGGGUGCGGGCUUGGAAGUGCCAAAACACGUUGUUAUCCACCCUCACUGGACAAUUGAAGGCUCAAAGAUGUCCAAAUCCAAAAAUAAUGUUGUCGAUCCAAUGGAAGCUAUCGAUGAGUUUGGCAACGAUACGGUUCGUUACUUUUUACUCCAUGACUCUUCUUUGGACCAUGAUACUCCCUAUUCUGCAGACAGAAUUGUUGAGCGCCAUAACGUGAACCUGGUCAACAAGUUGAGUAACUUGUUUGCCAGAGUUUGUGGCCCAAAAUUUUCCAUCUCUGAAUCAAAAGUCCAGUCGAUUCCAAACUGGUCUGCUCAAGCAAAACACAACGAACUUAUUGAACAACUCCGCGAAUUACCUGAGAUCGUGAACGGUUAUGUUGAAAAUUUUGAGUUUUCCCGAGCCCUCUCCAAACUCAAUGAUGCAGCAAUGGCAGUCAAUGUCUACUUUCAAGAUACUGAGCCGUGGGCUGCCGAAGAUGCUGUCCAGCAAACGGUGGUAGCAACAACCGCCGACUCUUGUCGUAUUAUUGCUAUUCUGUUGCAGCCGUUUUGUCCGGAUUAUAGCGCAAAAAUGCUCGACCGUUUGGCGGUCCAUCCAGAAAAACGAUCAGUUGAGUAUGCCAGAGUGGGCGCUGAUUCUUCAUUUGGAGAAAACGCCAACCGCAAGGGCGAUUUCGUUUUGCAACGCCUAUAA